AUGGUCAAUAGCUCUGUUUCAACUUGCAGUACGCGUUUGCACGAAGAAACGAUAGCUGGCCCGAAAAAACGUACGCCAGAAUGCUGUGGUAUUGCGUCAGCUAGUAAGACGGCGGCGGUCUGUGGACCUCUUUUGCCGAUCGGCGGAGAUGAUCGUUUGGAAGCUACAACAACUCUACAAACAGUAACGAUUGGUGAAUCAAUGCCGGCACUCCGGAGUAAUCAUGGUCCUAUCUGGUACCAUAUAUGGCUUGAUGUUAGGCACAUUCCUAUCGCCAUUUAUAGGAUACUCUCCAACGGCAGCUAUAUGCUUAUCACUUUUGCUAUGGCAGUUGACGGUAUCUAUUGCUUCUGUAAUUUUUUUUUGAGGCCCCUGUAG